AUGGCAAAGCUCAACACAGCCAACCCGCUUGUCAAAAACACACCUCACGAAGAGGCUGCCGCACGCACCCUAGGGGCUUCCCACAACAGCCCACUGUCUAGAGAGUCAUGUUUCAAUUUUAGAAACACGGCAAAGCGAAAUAUGCCCACCAAGCCGCAAAACCAGCGACAGCAAGCAAAUGGCCCAAGCGGAUCAUUUGAUAUAUUCCCCGACAGCGAUUCGGGAUCGGAAAGUGAAUCUGGACAGCACAGGUCCACAGGAAAACAACAAAGGCAAAGGACACUAGGACUCGCACGUGCGAACUCGUUACUCCUACCAACAAAGCGGAGACCACGCCCAGCCAUCCGGAGGGAGACUGAAGAUUAUGACAAGGAGAACGAUGUGCCAGGAUAUGCCACGGACGGAUAUAGAACUCCAGAUCUAACACCGACAAGGCCGAAUGUCUCACAGAUCCCCACAAGAAGUAGGAUGGAUUAUGUCGCCCCGGCACAGCCAGUGAUUGACCGGCAAGAAGAACAAGAGGAGCAGGAAAUUAGCUUUGAAGAAGAAGAUAGCUCCGACUCACUAGACGAGUUCAUUGUCAGUGACAAUGACGAGCCUAGUUUCUAUGAGACAUCGGAUUCUGAGACAGCCGAUACAGUAGACGAACCUAGACCGGCUCCGUCGCCUGUCAGGUCGCCAAGGAAAAGACUCAUACGUGGAAGAAGGCCAGAAGCAGAAUCAAACACUACUGCAGAUGGGGAGCCAGCAAUGGAGGCAACGAAGUUCGCGACAGAGCUGGACCGAUCAAUUGAGAAACCAAAGGCAGUCGCCCCAGCACCUGAAGACUGUGCACCAAAUAUUGCAACCAGUUCCAAAUCUAGAUCCCUCAUCCGCAGGGCAGAAGUACCCAAGUCACAACCUCUUCAUUUCGGCCUGCGCAACUCCGACGACCUCAUCCAACACCUUGAGGAUCUUGACCUGGGUAGCGACAACAAGCCUACAUCGCAAACACAGCCAGAACAGCCCAACCCAGAAUCAGAAGAUGAACUACCAUCAAAACCCUCCCCAAGCCACACAAACUUACCACCAGUGACACCGUCGCGCGCGAAGCCUCACUUUUCUCUCAAUCGCUCUAUCACAUCCGUUGAUAACUCACCAGCCAUGGGUGUUCCCACCACUAUAAAGGCCCAGAAAAAGGCCGAAGCAGCGCGGAAACGCGAAAUUCGAGCGCAACUGGCCGAAUUCAACCAAAAGAAGACCGGCUUUGCCGAAGAGUUCCUCCGAUACCUUGACAAUGCCUUCGAUGACCGGAUUAGUCGCAUGACCGAGGAAACUGGCGGCAUCAAAAUCGUCUGGAAAAAGAACUUUAGAAACACCGCCGGCCGGGCAACCGUACGUUCAGAGCGGUUCCUGAAAGGAGCAGUUGAAGAACCCGGGAAACGGCGCUACUAUGCCACCAUUGAGCUCUCCGAGAAAGUCCUGGACACCGAAGACAAGAUCCUCUGUACUAUGACACACGAAUACUGCCACCUCCUCGACAUCAUGGUCACUGAAAACCGGGCCAAGGGGGGUACGGCGCAGCACGGUGCCAGCUUCAAGCAAUGGGGCGCCCAAUGCGUUCGCGCACUGGAAGGUCACCCUAUCUACGGGGGUCGGGUCGAGGUCACGACUAAGCAUACCUAUGAGAUCAACCACAAAUACAUCUGGGCCUGCAAGGUGCAGGGUUGUGAGUUCAAGGUCGGGCGACACUCAAAGAGUGUUGAUCCAAAUCGUCAUUUCUGCGGCCGUUGUAGGGGCAACCUCGAGCAGAUCAAGCCGGUGCCGAGGGCUGUGGCGUCGAGGAGGCCUGUUGUUAAGGCUAUGGUCGAGGAGAAGGAGAAUGUGGUCAUUGAUCCUUGA